AGUAAUGUGGAGCAUGGAGCGAGGCCACCUCCUCUGGACUCUGCUGUUCGUGCAACCCUUGUGGCCCCAACUGACUGAUGGGGUAACUCGAGUCUACUACCUGGGCGUCCGGGACGUGCAGUGGAACUAUGCUCCCAAGGGAAGGAAUGGCAUCACCAACCAGCCUCUUGACAGUGACAUAGUAGCUUCCAGCUUCCUAAAGUCUGACAAGAACCGGAUAGGGAGCAGCUACAAGAAGACCAUCUACAAGGAAUAUAAGGAUGGUUCAUACAUGGAUGAAAUGGCCCAGCCUGCCUGGUUGGGCUUCUUGGGGCCAGUGUUGCAGGCUGAGGUGGGAGAUGUCAUCCUUAUCCACCUGAAGAAUUUUGCCACUCGUCCCUACACCAUCCACCCUCAUGGUGUUUUCUAUGAGAAGGACUCAGAAGGCUCCCUAUACCCAGAUGGCUCCUCUGGUCAGCUAAAAGCUGAUGAUUCUGUUCCACCGGGAGGCAGCCACAUCUACAACUGGACCAUUCCAGAAGGACAUGCACCCACUGAUGCUGACCCAGCAUGCCUCACCUGGAUCUACCAUUCUCAUGUAGAUGCUCCACGAGAUAUUGCGACUGGCCUCAUUGGACCUCUUAUCACCUGUAAAAGAGGAACCCUGGAUGGGAACUCCAUUCCUCGGCGACAGGACGUGGACAAUAAUUUCUUCCUGCUCUUCAGUGUGAUAGAUGAGAACCUUAGCUGGCAUAUCGAUGAGAACAUUUUCACUUACUGCUCAGACCCUGCCUCAGUGGACAAAGAAGAUGAGGCCUUUCAGGAGAGCAAUAGAAUGCAUGCAAUCAAUGGCUUUGUCUUUGGGAAUGUACCUGACCUGAGCAUGUGUGCACAGAAGCGUGUGGCCUGGCACUUGUUUGGCAUGGGCAAUGAAGUAGAUGUCCACACAGCUUUCUUCCAUGGACAAAUGCUUACCAUUCGAGGCCACCGCACUGAUGUGGCUCACAUCUUUCCAGCCACCUUUGUCACUGCUGAAAUGGUGCCCCAGGAACCUGGCACAUGGUUAAUUAGCUGUCAAGUGAAUAGUCACUUGCAAGAUGGUAUGCAAGCACUCUACAAGGUCAAGUCUUGCUCCAUGGCCCCUCCUGUGAACCUACUCACAGGCAAAGUCCGGCAGUACUUCAUUGAGGCCCAUGAGAUUCGAUGGGACUACGGCCCAAUGGGGCAUGAUGGGAGUACUCGGAAGAAUUUGAGGGAGCCAGGCAGUGGCUCAGAUAAAUUUUUCCAGAAGAGCUCCAGCAGAAUUGGGGGCACUUACUGGAAAGUCCGAUAUGAAGCCUUCCAAGAUGAGACAUUCCAGGAAAAGGUGCAGCUGGAGGAAGAUGAACAUCUUGGAAUCCUGGGUCCAGUAAUACGGGCUGAGGUGGGUGACACCAUCCAGGUGAUCUUCUACAACCGUGCCUCCCAGCCAUUCAGCAUACAGCCUCAUGGGGUCUUUUAUGAGAAAGACUAUGAGGGAACUGUGUACAAUGAUGGCUCAUCCCAUCCUGGCUUAGUAGCCAAGCCCUUUGAAAAAGUAAUAUACCGCUGGACUGUCCCCUCGCAUGCUGGCCCUACUACUCAGGAUCCUGCCUGUCUCACCUGGAUGUACUUCUCUGCUGCAGAUCCCAUAAGAGAUACAAAUUCUGGUCUGGUGGGCCCUCUGCUGGUGUGCAAGGCUGGUGCCUUGGGUGCAGAUGGCAAACAGAAAGGGGUGGAUAGAGAAUUCUUCCUCUUAUUCACUGUCUUGGAUGAGAACAAGAGCUGGUACAGCAAUGCCAAUCAAGCAGCUGCUAUGUUGGAUUCCCGACUGCUCUUAGAGGAUUUCAAGGGUUUCCAAGACUCCAAUCGGAUGCAUGCCAUUAAUGGAUUUCUGUUCUCUAACCUGCCCAGGCUGGACAUGUGCAAGGGUGACACAGUGGCCUGGCACCUGCUCGGCCUGGGCACAGAGACUGACGUGCAUGGGGUUAUGUUCCAGGGCAACACUGUGCAGCUUCAGGGCAUGAGGAAGAGUGAAGCCAUGCUCUUUCCUCACACCUUUGUUAUGGCCAUCAUGCAGCCCGACAACCCUGGGACAUUUGAGAUUUACUGCCAGGCAGGCAGCCAUAGAGAAGCAGGGAUGAGGGCAACUUAUAAUGUCUCCCAGUGUCCUAGCCGCCAAGCCACCCCUCAUCAACGCUAUCAGGCUGCAAGAGUCUACUACAUCAUGGCAGAAGAGGUGGAAUGGGAUUAUUGCCCUGACAGGAGCUGGGAACUUGAAUGGCACAACCAAUCUGAGAAGGACAGUUAUGGUCACAUCUUCCUGAGUGAUAAGGAUGGGCUCCUGGGUUCCAGAUACAAGAAAGCUGUAUUCAGGGAGUACACAGAUGGUACAUUCAGGAUCCCUCGGCCAAGGACUGGACCAGAGGAGCACUUAGGAAUCUUAGGUCCACUUCUCACAGGAGAGGUUGGUGAUAUCCUAACUGUGGUGUUCAAGAACAAUGCCAGCCGUUCCUACUCUGUGCACGCCCAUGGAGUACUAGAAUCUAGCACUGGCUGGCCACUGGCUGCUGAGCCUGGUGAGGUUGUCACUUACCAAUGGAAUAUCCCGGAAAGAUCUGGUCCUGGGCCCAAUGAUUCUGCUUGUGUUUCCUGGAUCUAUUAUUCUGCAGUGGAUCCCAUCAAGGACAUGUAUAGUGGCCUGGUGGGGCCCUUGGCCAUCUGCCGAAAAGGCAUCCUGAAGCCCCAUGGAGGACGGAGUGACGUGGACAGAGAAUUUGCCUUGUUAUUCUUGAUCUUUGAUGAGAACCAGUCUUGGUAUUUGGAGGAGAAUGUGGCAACCCACGGGCCCCAGGAACCAGACCGAGUUAACCUACAAGAUGAGACUUUUUUGGAGAGCAAUAAAAUGCAUGCCAUUAAUGGAAAGGUCUAUGCCAACCUCAAGGGUCUUACCAUGUACCAAGGAGAACGAGUGGCCUGGUACAUGCUGGCCAUGGGCCAAGAUAUUGACCUACAUACUGUCCACUUCCAUGCAGAGAGCUUCCUCUAUCGGAAUGGAGAGAGCUACCGGGCAGAUGUGGUUGAUCUGUUCCCAGGGACCUUUGAGGUUGUGGAGAUGGUAGCCAGCAACCCUGGGACAUGGCUUAUACACUGCCAUGUUACUGAUCACGUCCAUGCUGGCAUGGAGACCCUCUUUACUGUCUUGUCCCAAAGAGAACAAUUAAGCGCUAUCACCACCAUCACCAAAGAGAUUGGAAAAGCAGCAAUCCCCAGAGACCUUCGAGAAAGCAAUGUGAAGAUGCUGGGCAUGCAGAUCCCUAUAAAGGAUAUCGAGAUGCUGGCCUCUGUCUUGAUUGCCAUGGGUGUCAUUCUCCUGUUCAUUGCUCUGGCCCUUUGUGGUGUGGUCUGGUACCAGCAUCAUCAGAGAAAGCUACGGCGCAACAGGAGGUCCAUCCUGGAUGACAGCUUCAAGCUUCUGUCCCUCAAGCAGUAACAGCUGGAUCCUGGAACUACACAUCUGGAAUGUACUCCCAGUAUGCCAUGGACUAGCAGCUGACCCCACUGUCAAAGAGGCAUGGGAGUUAGAGAGGCAGAGUUGGGAUUCAAACUUGUCUGGGGAUUUCUUUGCUUAUUUAUUCACAUGGAGAUGAUAUGCAUUCCCUUUUUCUUUAGUUUCUUUACUCCACUUGGACACCUGGGGCUAGGUGAGUCCUUUAGUAUCUUAUAUCACAAAUUUCAACAGCUAGAUUAUAUCAUACACUGACACUUAGAAGGUAUGGAAAUUUCUAAAAACUGAUCCUUCUCAUAAAGUAGAUAUCAAGAGUAAAACUCAUUGAUUAGGUUUCUACUGCUUUCCGGGACCUAGGUAAGUUCAAUAUGAACUGAGGCUAAGUAAGCUGUGAAGAUAAUUCACAUCUAAACUAAGGACUAAGAACAUAGGCAUGAUGUGGAAUGGGUGGGGUGAGAUGUCAAGAUGCAAAUUUUAUUUUGAUUCUUUUUGGCAGUGGACUAUUUUGGAGAAGUGGGUGGAUAGAAUACUGUUGCCAUUAGCAUCUACAACCUGUGGAGCCAGAAGCUCCUCAGAAAGUCAGUCCUCCAAGUUCCAGGCAUAGUUUCACUGAAGGGAAUGUUGAGGGUCCUCUCCAUAUUUCAGGCAGAAAAUCCUGUACAUUAAAGUACUUGUUAGAAUGUUGUAAGAGUGAACUUGCUGAUUUUGAUGGUCCCUGUGGCCUCUGGGAGGUUGUGACUAUAAUUGAAACAGAGAGCACUCAGCUGUGGGGAGAUGGGCAGGUAUAGUAUGGGUCUGCCUAUCUUUUGCAGAGCCUGCAGGUUUGUGUUUUGGAAAUGAAGAAGCUGCCCCAGAUGAAGCCUCAAAGUCAGAGUUGCAGGUACUAUCUUUUGGCCCAUAGGUGCCUAAAGUCUUCCAAAUGCCAAGAAAAGUUGCGAGAGGGAAAUAGAGGGCUGAGACCAGGCUCAAAACUGUCCACUGGGCAAGGAGAGGUGGGCACAGAUAUUGUGGGCUCUUUUGGAACUUGGGGGUAUGAGAGAUCUCCUUGGAAUUUUGGGGGUCUCUUUAUAGGGCAGAGUACUUCCCUUUGGUACCUUAAAGCAAUAUUCCUUUGUCACCUGCAUGUUCAAGCCUUUCUGAAACCUUGGUCAGAGAGCACAGACAAGAGAUAGAGUGGGGAUGGGCCACCCUUACUGCAGUACACAUAAUAUUGUUUUGCAUGGCAUGUGAAGAACAGAAGAGACAUCAGGGACAGUCAAGUUGAUAACUGAAAUACAUAGUGCUUUACACAUUACAAAACAUCUAAUACCUGACUGCAUUUGACUUACCUUAGUUCUAUCAGAGGGCUACUUUGUUUCACAUUUGAGUAAACAAAGGACAAAGAGAAUAAGUGAUUUUACCCAAGGCCAUUCAACUAGAAGCUGACCAGGGAUUCAAGCCUUUAUCUGGUUGAUUCCAAAUACCUGUUCCAUCCCCCUAUAUCAUGGAAACCUACACUAAUCUCCAUAUUUUGUUCUCAUAUUGACUCCAAAUUUCCUGUCUUCCCAACCAACUUGUCUGCCUCAUUAGCAAUCCCUUUAGAUCAAAUGUAGAAGCCACAGGGCUGGUGUUCAGUUGCCAUAUGAUGUUGAUGGUUGGAGGGGAAAACACAAGUCAGAGCCUAUCAUUCAUUUUGGUUUACUGUGGUCAGUGGCUUUCUGGAGAACUUUACUGGAAAUCUCAGAAACAUAGCGGGGGGUGGAGGUGGGGGAACAUUUGGACUGCUAGUUAUAAAAUCAAAUGUUAGAGUAUUUAAGCAAUGGCAUAAUAAAUGCACUUAACAGAGGAACUCUUUUGGCCUAUUUUUAAUGUGGAGUAUAUUGAAAACUUAGUGCACUUUGGAGACUCCAGUCAAUUAAUAGUUAUAUAUUGCACCCAACUAGGAGGCUGUUAGCUUGGUCCUGGUCACAAAUCUGAGACAAGGAGAGGUAGGUGGAGUGGGGGUACAUUUCUUCUGUGUGUGUAAUCCUGAUCCAGAUUGGAGAAUGUUACUUCAAGCCCAUGUAUUUCAGAAAAGGAUGUAUUUUUGUGAUGGGUUUUCUCCAAGUGGGGAUGUGGGAGAUGUUUUUGACAAUUAAGUGGCACUUCCAUCCAUUUGGUUGCUCAAACCAAAUCUUGUUUGUUUUGCCUUCAAAAUGUCUUUAACUGAUUCAUUUGUUUCUAUCUUCAUUGCUACCACCUCAGUCUAAAAUACAACCGUCUGUUA